AUGCAGAUUUUUGUAGGGGCUCAAAAUCUAUACACCCUUGAGGAGUCUGGGCUAGAGACUGUGUACAACAUCAAGGCUCACGUCUACUCUCUAGAGGGAAUUGCCUGUGAAGACCAAGUUAUUCUUCUUGCUGGUACCCCCUUGUCUGACGAAGACACCCUUAGCCAAAGCAGAGUAUGUGAUCUCAGCACUUUGGAUGUUGUUACUCUUCUGUUGGGAGGUAAAGUCCAUGAUUCUCUAGCUCGUGAAGAAAAAGUACGAGGCCAGACUCCAAAAGUGGCCAAGCAAGAGAAGAAGAAAAAGAAGACUGGCCGGGCAAAGAGGCGCAUGUAAUACAACAGGUGCUUUGUUAAUGUUGUGCCCACUUUUGGCAA